GAUCCGCCUGCCUUGGCCUCCCAAAGUGCUGGGAUUACAGGCGUGAGCCACCGUGCCCGGCCAGCAUCUAUAAUAUAUGCUAAACCCUACCCACAGCUGCCUCUGUCUUGGGGUCAGGGUUCUUGAAUGGUCUGGGCCAGCCUGAGUUAGGAGUGGGAAGAGGAAGAGGAGGCACGCACCCAAGUGUUCUUCCCGCUUGACCGAAUCCUCUGCGCCUGUGAGGAAGGUGGGCACCGCUGUCACCCUGUUUCCCUGGAAGCCAGCAGGCCCAGGGAGAUACUGGGAUUUGCCAAAGGCUCACAGCGAGCAAGCAGCAGUGGGCGCUGGCCCCUCAACACCCAGCCUGGCACACACUAUCUCUGAGCAGACCUGGGAGAAAGCAUGUGAAACCCACCCAGCCCUGGCUGGAAGAGAAGUGGGGGAGUAGAAAUGAAAAGUGGGUACUGGGAGGAGCUGCCCACGUGCCCUCCACGGUUCCAGGAUGGCGCUCUCAUGCUGGGAGUGAGCUCGCCCUGUGCCAGGCUGUCAUUGAGGCGUUUUCCAUUCAACAACUGUUUCUCAGACAAGGCGUAGGCAGGUUAGCUCUCCCAGGCCACUCAAGUAGUAAGGAAACAGAUUUAAACCCAGAUAAUUUGGCUCCAUGGCUAAGGCCCAGAGAGGGGUGUUGACAAGCCCAGGGUCACACAGCCACAGCCCCAGAGCUAGGAACUGCUGGCUAGGGCAAGCAGACAGCUGACUCCUAGCCAACUGGAGGUGGAGCAGAGGUGGAGCCAGGGAGACCCAGGUGGCCUCUCUCAGAGUAGAGCACGGGCGGCAGAGUGGCCCGGGGCAGCAUGAAGUGGUGCUGGGGCCCAGUGCUGCUCAUCGUGGGUGCCACGGUCCUCAUGGAGGGUCUUCAAGCCGCUCAGCGUGCCUGUGGACAGCAUGGCCCCGGCCCCCCCAAGCCUCAGGAGGGCAACACAGUCCCUGGCGAGUGGCCCUGGCAGGCCAGUGUGAGGAAGCAGGGAGCCCACAUCUGCAGCGGCUCCCUGGUGGCAGACACCUGGGUCCUCACUGCUGCCCACUGCUUUGAAAAGGCAGCAGCAACAGAACUGAACUCCUGGUCAGUGGUCUUGGGUUCUCUGCAGCGUGAGGGACUCAGCCCUGGGGCCGAGGAGGUGGGGGUAGCUGCCCUGCAGUUGCCCAGGGCCUAUAACCACUACAGCCAGGGCUCAGACCUGGCCCUGCUGCAGCUCGCCCACCCCACGACCCACACACCCCUCUGCCUGCCCCAGCCUGGCCAUCGCUUCCCCUUUGGAGCCUCCUGCUGGGCCACUGGCUGGGAUCAGGACACCAGUGAUGGUAAGUGCUGGCCCAGACUGAAGCUUGGAGAGGCGCUCUGCUUGCCCAAGGUCACAGUCUCAGCUCCCAACUGUCCUGGCUUCCAGUCUCCCUUGCUUCCCAGAUCCCAGACUCCAGCCCCAGCCCCGUCUCUUUCACCAGCUCCUGGGACCCUACGCAAUCUGCGCCUGCGUCUUAUCAGUCGCCCCACAUGUAACUGUAUCUACAACCAGCUGCACCAGCGACACCUGUCCAACCCGGCCCGGCCUGGGAUGCUAUGUGGGGGCCCCCAGCCUGGGGUGCAGGGGCCCUGUCAGGGAGAUUCCGGGGGCCCUGUGCUGUGCCUCGAGCCUGAUGGACACUGGGUUCAGGCUGGCAUCAUCAGCUUUGCAUCAAGCUGUGCCCAGGAGGACGCUCCUGUGCUGCUGACCAACACAGCUGCUCACAGUUCCUGGCUGCAGGCUCGAGUUCAGGGGGCGGCUUUCCUGGCCCAGAGCCCAGAGACCCCGGAGAUGAGUGAUGAGGACAGCUGUGUAGCCUGUGGAUCCUUGAGGACAGCAGGUCCCCAGGCAGGAGCACCCUCUCCAUGGCCCUGGGAUGCCAGGCUGAUGCACCAGGGGCAGCUGGCCUGUGGCGGAGCCCUGGUAUCAGAGGAGGCGGUGCUAACUGCUGCCCACUGCUUCAUUGGGCGCCAGGCCCCAGAGGAAUGGAGCGUAGGGCUGGGGACCAGACCGGAGGAGUGGGGCCUGAAGCAGCUCAUCCUGCACGGAGCCUACACCCACCCUGAGGGGGGCUAUGACGUGGCCCUCCUGCUGCUGGCCCAGCCUGUGACACUGGGAGCCAGCCUGCGGCCCCUCUGCCUGCCCUACGUUGACCACCACCUGCCUGAUGGGGAGCGCGGCUGGGUCCUGGGAUGGGCCCGCCCAGGAGCAGGCAUCAGCUCCCUCCAGACAGUGCCCGUGACCCUCCUGGGGCCUAGGGCCUGCAGCCGGCUGCAUGCAGCUCCUGGGGGUGACGGCAGCCCUAUUCUGCCGGGGAUGGUGUGUACCAGUGCUGUGGGUGAGCUGCCCAGCUGUGAGGCCAACCAGCCAGCUGCUGACAGGGGACCACCUGGCCGUUCUCAGGACAAGAGAAUGCAGGCAGGCAAACAGCAUUACUGCCCCUGUCCUCCCCACCCUGUCAUGUGUGAUUCCAGGCACCAGGGCAGGCCCAGAAGCCCAGCAGCUGUGGGAUGGAACCUGCCUGGGGCCACAGGUGCCCACUCCCCACCCUGCAGGACAGGGGUGUCUGUGGACACUCCCACACCCAACUCUGCUCCGAAGCAGGCGUCCCAGCUUUCCUCCUCCUUUACCCUUUCAGAUACAAUCACGCCAGCCACGUGUUUUGAAAAUUUCUUUUUUUGGGGGGCAGCAGUUUUCCUUUUUUUAAACUUAAAUAAAUUGUUACAAAAUAGACUUUAGAAAAUAAGUUACAAAUUGUAGCAAAAGGCUCCCUUCCACAGGCAACUUUCCCACCGGUGGGGCUCUGCAUCCGCCUCUCCCUGGUGUUGCAAUCUGGCUGCUGAGGGUGGCACGGCAUCUCGGCAGAGGCUGGCACUGGGAAGAGCACGGUGAUGAGGCUGGGGGAAGGAGGUCCUUCAAGGACAGGGACGCAAGGAACACCCCACCCCCUCCUUGGGAAAGAAGCCAGAUCUGGGUGCUCUUCACAAGGGGAGAGGAGAAGAUAUGGGGAUGCCCGAACUACUCCUGAGAAAAUGUGGAGAUCAAGCCCCUCCCUGCACGCACUCCCUCCCCCAGAUUCUGUUCUUUGGAGACUUGAAGUUCAGAGGGAGAAGCUGAGGUCUGCAGGCCACUGGGGUGAAGGAUCCAGGAGCGGGGUCGUGGGGGUGGGUGGAGG